AGCCAGAGAAGAGCUUGUGGCUCGAGCGCGGCAGCGGCCAUCGAAAACCACCAAGGCGUGUCCCCUCGGCCUCCUCGCGCUCCCAGGCCACAGCGCCCGCUCAGCUCGCUCGCUCGUUCGCUCAUUCGCUCUCCUUCCCCGCGUCCGGCUGCGCCAUGGCGUUGGCAGCGGCGGCGCUGGCGGCGGUUGAGCCGGCCUGCGGCAGCCGGUACCAGCAGUUACAGAAUGAGGAAGAGCCUGGAGAACCUGAACAGGCUGGAAGUGAUGCUCCACCACCUUAUAGCAGCAUCUCUGCAGAGAGUGCAGCAUAUUUUGACUACAAAGAUGAUUCUGGAUUUCCAAAGCCCCCUUCUUACAAUGUGGCUACAACACUGCCCAGUUACGAUGAAGCGGAGAGAACCAAGGCUGAAGCUACCAUCCCUUUGGUUCCUGGAAGAGACGAGGAUUUUGUGGGCCGGGAUGAUUUUGAUGAUGCUGACCAGCUGAGGAUAGGAAAUGAUGGGAUUUUCAUGUUAACAUUUUUUAUGGCAUUCCUUUUUAAUUGGAUUGGGUUUUUCCUGUCUUUUUGCCUGACCACCUCAGCUGCCGGAAGGUAUGGGGCCAUUUCAGGAUUUGGUCUUUCUCUAAUUAAGUGGAUCCUGAUUGUCAGGUUUUCUACCUAUUUCCCUGGAUACUUUGAUGGUCAGUACUGGCUCUGGUGGGUGUUUCUGGUGCUAGGGUUUCUCCUGUUUCUCAGAGGAUUUAUCAAUUAUGCAAAAGUUCGGAAGAUGCCAGAAACUUUUUCAAAUCUCCCCAGGACCAGAGUUCUCUUUAUUUAUUAAAGAUGUUUUCUGGCAAAGGCCUUCCUGCAUUUAUGAAUUCUCUCUCAAGAAGCAAGAGAACACCUGCAGGAAGUGAAUCAAGAUUCAGAACACAGAGGAAUAAUCACCUGCUUUACAAAAAUAAAUAAAGUACUGUUGAAGAAGAUCAUUUCUCUCUAUUUGUUCCUAGGUGUAAAAUUUUAAUAGUUAAUGCAGAAUUCUGUAAUCAUUGAAUCAUUAGUGGUUAAUGUUUCAAAAAGCUCUCGCAAUCAAGUCUGUGAUGUAUUAAUAAUGCCUUAUGUAUUGUUUGUAGUCAUUUUAAAUAGCAUGAACCAUGUCCCUGUAGUCAGUAGGGGGCAGUCUUGCUUUAUUCAUUCCCCAUCUCAAAAUGCAUUUGGAAUUAAAUAUUUUAGUGUAAGAUAUGUAUAAUGCUGGUCAUUUUAAAGGGGUUUUCUCAAAAGUUAAAACUUUUUGUUAUGAUUGCAUUUCUGCACAUAAACAUAUUUGCUGUUAAAGUUAAUGUAGAGAUUUAUUUAGUUGUACUGUGUGAAUACUGCAAAGCAAAAUCAGUGCAAAAUACAUUUAAGGUGUGGUCAAAAUAUGUUCUUAAUUGGUAAAUAAUAAACGUUAAUUUUUUUAUGGUCAGUAUUCUAAAUUUUGCAGUACUUUAUUAUUCUGUGGUGUGUGCCUAAGGGAUUCUAAAGGUGUCACUGUAUAAGAGAAAGGACAAGGGCAAAUGCAACUUACUUACUAAAAUGCAAUUCUUGUAUGAAGAGUUCCCUACCCCUUGUUUUCUUUUUUCUUUUAUCUUCUGAUGAUUAGUCCAGGGGCUGAGAGUGGGGAGGGGAUUAGGUACUAGGAGCAAAGAAAGAAUUGGCUUGCAAUUUUUGAGAUGAUCCCUAACAUACUUGCUUUAUGUGUUAGCAGAAACUGAUGCGUUAAAAAUGUAGAAUGAUGUGCUUUCUGCCAAGUGGUAAUUCACCUUGGUUUGCUAUGUUAAAACUGUAAAUACAACAGAACAUUAAUAAAUGUCUCUUGUGUAGCA